ACUUCGAGAUCAAUUCAGCGCACGGCCAUGUUAAAUCUCUAGACGGAAGAGACAAAAGCCACAGCAACAAAGAAUUUCUCAAGAAACAUUCGAAAGAAUUAAUCAUAUCCACGAAGAUUCAACUCCUCCCAAUUUAAGAGGUGUUCCAGGAUUUCCUCCACUAAAGUGUUCAGGAACUGUGACAGUAAAGUGAGGAGAAACGACACAUCGCGAAGCCAAGAGUGGAAACAUUUAUGAACUGUUAACUUAAUUUUGGACUCGUAAUCCUGCAUUGACUUUCAUUUUGAAAUCCCUCAGUGUUGUUGGAGGUUGUUUUUUUUAGCAGGUUAAAUACGAGCAAGUGACACUGAGCGAAAUUUAAAAUUCCUUGUGACGAAGAGAAUAUAGAAUUUUAAAAGCACAUUAAGAACCUUUAGCUGAGCCUUGUGCUUUUGAAUGUAAAUACUUUAUACUUUUUGGAUACCAAAAGGAAAAUAGAGGGUACUUCAGGAUUUCUGCAAUCCAGCUGUUUAAAAAAGAAAGAAAAAAGAAUUAAAAGUGAAACCUUUGUCACUUUUCAGGGAUAACGUAAAAGUGACUUUUGAAAGGCAUUAAUAGAUUUUUGUUCACUUGCAUUUUUGAAAUCCUUGGCCAAGACUUGAAUUUUACAAGUACUUGUUUGCUAGUUGUUUUGUACGUUGACUCUAGGCUUGUGAUAUAUUUAUUCAUAUAAAUAUAAUUUUCUCCUAUUUUGGGAGAGCUUAUUAUUAAUAAUUGUUAUACGCCAGACACUCUUCUUUUUAAGAGGUCUGUACGUACCGGAAACUGUUUACACAAAAGCGCAUUGAGCGUAACAGUAAAACAGUUGAACAAAUAGCUCAGAAGUAGCACAAAAAACACACACAAAAAGAUACAAUUGAUUGAAACCGUUGAGGAAAACAUCUGACAAUGGCUACAGCAAGAACAGAGAUCCCUGCUUCAGUCAUGCAACUGACCAAACAGAAUGGACAGUCCAAGCCUAUGACCCUCCAGUCAGGAUCACUUACUUCCUCAACACAGUCAGGAAAAACCCCUGUGAUGCUCCAGAAAGGAAGCAGUAUACCCCGAAGCAGUGGCGGUAUCAGGUUUGGAGAUGACUGGAAGAAGUGCCUGCAACUUCCACCGAAAGACAUGAGAGUGCGAACCACAGAUGUGACUGCUACAAAGGGGAACGAGUUUGAAGAUUACUGCCUUAAGAGGGAACUGCUGAUGGGUAUAUUUGAAAUGGGCUGGGAGAAGCCUUCCCCUAUCCAGGAGGAGAGUAUUCCUAUUGUCUUGUCAGGGAGGGACAUUCUCGCCCGAGCUAAAAAUGGCACAGGUAAAAGUGGAGCCUACCUCAUCCCCCUCUUGGAAAGGAUUGAUCUGAAGAAAGACCAUGUUCAAGCCUUGGUAAUGGUACCAACUCGUGAGUUGGCUCUGCAGGUGAGCCAGAUAAGUAUCAACAUGAGCAAGCACCUUGGUGGCGUCAAGGUUAUGGCUACAACAGGUGGCACCAACCUGAGGGAUGACAUCAUGCGUCUUGAUGAGACUGUACAUGUUAUAAUAGCUACCCCAGGAAGAAUCCUUGACUUGAUAAAGAAAGGUGUGGCCAAGGUUGACAAAGCUCAGAUGGUUGUGAUGGAUGAGGCUGAUAAGUUGCUUUCUCAAGACUUUGUGGUGCUUAUUGAGGACAUCAUUAGCUUCCUGCCCAAAAACCGUCAGAUUCUUCUCUACUCUGCCACUUUCCCCACCAGUGUGCAGAAAUUUAUGUCCAAACACCUUCAGAAGCCAUACGAAAUCAAUCUGAUGGAUGAGCUCACACUGAAAGGCAUCACUCAGUACUACGCCUAUGUGACAGAAAGACAGAAAGUGCACUGUCUCAACACACUGUUCUCAAGGCUCCAAAUCAACCAGUCUAUCAUCUUCUGUAAUUCCACUCAACGGGUGGAACUCCUUGCCAAGAAGAUCACACAGCUUGGCUAUUCUUGCUUUUACAUCCAUGCCAAGAUGAUGCAGGAAUACAGAAAUCGUGUGUUCCACGACUUCAGAAACGGACUGUGUAGAAACCUGGUCUGCACAGAUCUUUUCACAAGAGGAAUUGACAUCCAGGCUGUCAAUGUCGUCAUCAACUUUGACUUCCCCAAAAAUGCAGAGACAUACUUGCACCGUAUUGGUCGAUCAGGUAGGUAUGGUCACCUGGGUCUGGCCAUUAACCUGAUCACCUCAGAAGACCGUUUCAAUCUAAAGGGCAUUGAGGACCAGUUGGUGACUGACAUAAAGCCCAUACCCAGCAGCAUUGAUAAGAGCCUGUAUGUGGCAGAGUUUCACUCCCUGAACCCUGAUGAGGAGGAGGCUGCUCACAAAGCAGGCGAGCUUAAUUAACCCUUACUGGAGAAUAAAGGGACCAAUGCUUGGCAUUCUGCACAAUUUCUACUGAAGACAGACGCAAAGAUGACAUUGUUUUUUGUUGUUUAUUUUCUCACCAAAUGCUUUAGUGGUCUGGAACUGCCAUGGUAAAAUGUGAUCAGUUGCCACAAGUUUAAGGGCCGGUAUGAAGUCAUUAGGCUUUUUCUCUAUGGAUUCAAUGAGGUAGCUUACCCUUUUUCCAUUUGAACCACAAUAAGCCACUGUUUUUCAGAUCCAGAGCAUUUGCAAAGACCAUUUACCAUCCAUAACUGCUGUUCAUAAGGAUUUUGCCCCCUCUUUUAUUUACCAGAAAAAUAAAAAUAGAAAAUACUGGAAGAAGUUAGUGCCAAAAACAAAUUCCCAAGCUUUACUAGGAGUAUUUUUAGUGCUAUCUAUCCAUCGUCUAAUGUGAAAGGUUUUUGCGCAUCGAGUUAUACUCGGAGCUUUACAGUUGAUCAGGGAAAACUAGGGAGAUUUAAUACAUUCAUAAUGCUCAUCUGUUAGUUGUUUACAGCCUUGUGUGUAAAUAUCUUGAGAGGCUUGUGCUUGCAAAUGCAAAUAGACUUUUUCUUUGGCUUAUCUCAUCACCAUGUCAUCUUUCCCAAAAGUUUUUGAAAGCAUCCAACACUUUAAAAAAAAAAAAUCAAUCUUUGCAUUUUUAUUUUGAUUUCAGCCAUCUAUCUCUCGAAGUGCCUUAAUAUAUGUACUUCCUCUGGGUAGGAGGGAGCAUUCUAGGUGUGCAGAACAAAAAUCUGCUUUGGUCAGGAUUGUUAGUGGAAGAAAUUGUUACCAGCUAGAUUUAGAAUUGUCUAAUACCUCAAACCCAUAAAUCACUUGUUCUCUAUUUGAUUCACUGGUUUGUUGGUAGUGGACAGUACCUACCUCAGCAUUGGCUGGGUGAGCAAUAGAUUUGCUUGUCUGACAACCAGGUAUCCCAGCUCAGAUGUUUGGUAAGGCAGAACUUUAAUUUCAACAGUGCAGACAAUUUAGGUUGUUAAUUUUCCCCAGAUGAAACAGGUUUUAUUUCAUUGAAACGAUGGAAUUUGAUUGAUCAGAUUCAGCCUUUCCCCAAUGGUGUCUAAUGCACAGAAAUAAUCUGAGUAAUGUCUUUUACAACAUAUCAGCACACAUGCUGAGAUGAAAUGGCAGCUGUAAUAAAGUUGGUAGCUCUUGAAGUGUACACUUUUGUCCCCUGUUGUAUGUGUUGAAUUGUGCUCUCUGCCAUGUGUUGUAUUACGUAGAUGUAUGUUUUACUGCGAGGAUUUAUGGGAGAAUGGCCAAAGCUUUUUGCUCCAAAUGUCAAUGCCAGCCUAUUCUGUCCCUUCUCUUUUAAACAAAAUAAAGUCCAGCAUAUUCUCCA